GGCCGCGCCCGGGACCGCGGAGACGGCUGCGAAGAGGAGCGGGAAGAAGGCCGAGAAUCGCCGCCGCCAUGCUGGGCGUGUUCCGCUCCAUCCCCACGCAGAUGGACUACAAGGGCCAAAAAUUAGCAGAACAGAUUUUUCAAGGAAUCAUUCUUGUCUCUGCAGUAAUUGGUUUCAUCUAUGGAUACAUCACUGAACAGUUUGGAUGGACUGUCUACAUAGUUAUGGCUGGAUUUGCUUUAUCAUGUUUGCUGACCCUCCCUCCGUGGCCCAUGUACCGCCGCAACCCCCUCAAGUGGCUGCCAGUCCAGGAGUCGGGCACGGAAGAGAAGAAGGCAGCAGACAGGAAGCCAAAGAGACAUUCCAAAAGCUAAAGGCUGUUACUUUGUUUGUUAAAUUAAUUUUCACUGAGAAAUA